CCUGGAACGACUAGUGACGUCGCAAUCGAUAUGCAUAUGCAUAUCCAUUCAAUGAGUUCAACGAAAUGCAGUUCCAAGGUAGGAAUGGGACCAAAACAAUACAGAAUGACUUGGGGAAAACAGUAGGCCAUCAAAUGACGUAUCUACCGAUUGCCUAGCAACGGCGUAGACUGUUAUUUUCAAGGCAAUAGUCCCACUUCAGCAUAACAACCAUCCAAUAUGGUUCGCAUCACCGAGGAGUUGAUUCGCAAGAAGGCCGAGCACAACGAGCGGCUCAUCAGCACCCUGGAGGAGGUCUCGCUGCACCAGGAGGACAUCGAAAAGAUCGAACACAUCGGAAACUGGUGCCGGGAGCUAAAGAUUCUCCUUUUGCAAUCCAAUCUCAUUGGUCGCCUGGAAAAUCUGCACAAACUAAAGCGCUUGGAGUACCUGAAUGCUGCCAUAAAUAACAUCGAGCGUAUCGAGAACCUGGAAGGCUGCGAAUCUCUCAAGAAACUAGAUCUCACUCUAAAUUUUAUUGGUCACUUGACCUCCGUUGAGUCUUUAAAAGGCAACAUCAACCUGCGGGAGUUGCUCUUGAUAGGAAAUCCGUGUAUUGAUUAUCCGAACUACCGGAAUUAUGUGAUAGCCACUUUGCCGCAACUAGAGAGCUUGGAUGCUGUUGAGAUCACUCGUUCGGAACGGCUGCAAGCUUGUCGCGAGUUGGUCGCCAAUCGGGCCAACAUCGUGCAGUGUCAGGCGAAUCAGGCCAUAGAGCGGGAUGAGCAACGGAUUCGUGUAGCCAACCAGCAGCGCGCUUUGGCGGAGCGGUGUGCCGCAAUCGAGGACGAGGAGGAACGCAUCCAGACCUUCUGGCAGUCAAAGAGCGAGCACUGUCCUGAAAUCCGCACCGAGAUUGCCAGGCAGCAUCGCCUUGGACGCGAGCGUCACGAGCCAAAGUCCGCGGAAACGGUACCAAAGAGGCCACGCCAUCUCUUCGCUCCCUGUGGAAGGCCAUACAAUCUAAAUCAGGCCAAGCUGAAUUUUAAUUUUCAAGACGAACCAGAUCACUAUCUGCUUCAUCUGGAGGUUUAUAGACAUUUGGAUACUUCAUUAAUUGACGUAGAUGUGGAGCCCUUCUACGCCCGAGUAACUGUCAAGAAGAAAAUCUUCCAGAUUGCGUACAACGAAGAAGUCAAGCCGGAUGAAACGUUGGUGCAGCGUUCCCAGGCCACAGGACACCUACUGGUUACCUUGAAGAAGCUCAUGGUGAAUGAAGUGCUGCUAAGCGCCAAGAAAACUCUGACACAGAGCCCAAGCGAUAAGGUAGAGCCGAAGAAAACUGGUGAGGUAGAACUCCGUGGCGUGGUGGACAUCAGCAACAUAUGUGCACCCCCUGAUCUGCCGGACUUGAUAUAGUUUAGAACGCAGCAGCUUAUUAUUUAAAAAUGGUUUAUUGAAAUAUUUGUCGGUUUUGGUUUGUUUUCUCCUUCAAUUCAAUCAUUUUUGUGUUUGGUUUUUGCGCCAAAAUCUCAAUCAAUCGUCCAAAGAGCUCCAUCGGCCUUCUAGUAACCACCAGCCAGAUGGGAUGUCUAGAUGUGGAUGUGUGUAUCUGGGUGCGUGUUUAUAAAAACAUUCAAUAUUUAAAUGUAGUUACAUGGCCAUUACAUAAAUAGCAUAAUGCAAUAAAUAAGCACAAAUUAAGGAGAAUAAUUGAAACUGAAACUGCUGGUGUUUUCCAAAUA